UGAAUAAUUUUGCUGAGUCCAGACUCAAAGAUGCCUCAGACAAACGAAGUUAUAUACGCUUGAUUGUAAUAGUAUAGAAUAAUUUUAUUAUAUGUUUACUUAGAGACCUGUGUUCAGUGCUUUAAUUAAUUAAUUAUAGUUAUAAGAUACAAAUGAGCUGCCUCCAGUCACCGAGGCUGAGUGACGACGACCUCCUCAGUUCACCAUCCUCAGAUGAAAAGAUGGACACAGCAUCGGAGUCCUUCCGCUCCACACAGCACACACCCAACUCGAUACCCGACGUGGACCACGAGAAUGAUGUGUUGAGGCUACGGAACCCCGACAUCAUAGACACCGACCAAAUCCUAGACAAUAAAGUCACCAAGUUGAAGUCCGAACUGAACGAUAGCUUUAUAUCACGCUUCACCACACUCACGCUGAGCUCUCCCGACAACAAGGCCAGGAAUAUAGGUAUAAGCACUCCCAAAUACAGCUCAACGCUAACAUUAACGACCAACCACCCUCUCAUGGGCUUGGCCAGUCCGGACGAGAGCUGUCCCGUCACGAAGAAGACUCACAGAACAGAAGAAGAGAAAGACUUGAGCUUAUCCAGUAUAGAAGAUGAUAGAGGAACAACGAACAGAUACGAGUUCUACACGCCACAGAGGAAUACUUCGAAGAAUAAUCUUUACUUUUCCGAAAACUACGUCACAGCGGACAGUCAGUUCCUGAGCGAGUCUUUGAACAUGACAGCGGAGGCUAAAGAUCAGCACCAGAAAAGAAUUAUAAUACCAAGGUUCCUGGACACCCCUGUCAAAGAUACCACCCAGCAGAAUCUAAGCGUGUUCCUGAAUUCGGGGAGGGAGGGGAGAGACAUAAAGAAGUACACAGAAGAAAGGGGAGAGAGAACAUCCUUGGAUGUUAUAGAUAAAGAAGAUUUUCAUUCCGGGGUUGAAUAUCGAGACUCCCCUCCGCGGACAGUUCCUAGCUUCGACCUACCUAUUGAAAUGUCCAGUAACAUAGGCAUGCAUAAUGGCGUGGAAUCCCCCGACGUGGAGUCAUUAUCGACCCAGGAAGACAGGUCCGCGUACCAAGCCUUACUGGACCCCUACACCGGGUCAGUGGCCUUGAGACACACCACGCACAGGAGCAACCCGCCGAGAAGAAAAGUACAAUUGCCGCCGGAGGAUGACGAGUGUAGCCUGGACAGCGUCAGCGGCGGUUCCCUGGAGUCCGAGGACGAGCCGCCGCCCGUGGAGAGUGCGCCCGACCCUCACAGCGAGGACGACACCAAGAGGUCCAAGUCCACGAACACGGUGAGCGAGUGCAGCGACCCCAUACCUGAAUACUCAGCGGCCGAGGAGUUCCGCGAGGAGCGCUCCUGGCUCAGCGUCACACACGGGGGAGGCCGCGCCGUCUGUGAUAUGAAGGUCAUAGAGCCGUUCAAGCGCGUGGUGUCCCACGGCGGAUACGAGGAGGGAGGCGCCGCCCUCAUCGUGUUCAGCGCUUGCCACCUCCCGGACACCAGGCGCCCCGACUACAGAUACGUCAUGGACAACCUGUUCCUGUAUGUGAUGUGGAGCCUGGAGCGGCUGGUGACGGACGAGUACGUGCUGGUGUACCUGCACGGGAGCGCCGGCAGACGGAGGAUGCCCACCUUCGCCUGGCUGCACGAGUGUUAUAAGCUGGUGGACAGACGGUUGAGGAAGAGUCUGAAGCGCCUGUACCUGGUGCACCCCACGUUCUGGUUGAAGUCGUUCGUCGUCAUCACCAAGCCUUUCGUCAGUUACAAGUUCUUCCGGAAGCUGUCCUACGUGGAGAGUCUGAAGGAGCUGUUCCGCCUGGUGCCGGUGGAGCCCAACGCGAUACCCGACCUGGUGAAGGAGUACGACGACCACAGGAAGAAAUAAUGCGGCUCGAGCAGCUGGGCGCGACCAGCUCACUCACCUGUCAAACAUACCAAAAAUACAGUCCGCUGGAGAGUGCCAUACCGAGGUGUCAUAUUCAAUAGAUUAGCAAGAUUAGUGCGGCGGAGUGGCUGGGGUGGGAAGCUGCGAGCGCCGGCCCAUAGAUGUACUUUUGAAUUAACGCACAAUCACCGAGGACCGCCGACAGAUGGCGCCCUGACUAAUUUUAUAUUAGCAUUUUAUAGAAUUUUGCACAACACUAGAGCACGGCCGCGAGGGGCCUCGCCUCGGUGCAACCAAGCGCUCCCCGCCUCAGCAUUUAUAGCCACGGGAAGAGUUGUUAGAGAUGUGUUCCUGUGUGUUUCCUAGACAAAGGUUUUAUAUUUAUAUAUAGAGAGAUGCUUCAAUGGAAUUGUUGUCUCCGGUGACGACGGACCGUCAGCCGUGACCGCGAGGGAGCGGCAUCGGACUGUCCAGUGUGUGUGUAUGUCCAGGUCGGGUGGCGCUGGCCGCCACGUCCCUGGCGCGGGCGCGGAGCCCCGGCCGCGGUCACCGGAGCUCGUGACAACGAAUUUUCGUUUUCUAAUAAAUUUUUAGUAGAAGAUUCGCGAGCAAUAAAAAUAUGUUAUACAUUACUAUGUCAGAGUUGAGAAUAUAAAAAUAUUUUGCCAUAUUUUGAUUAUUUGAUAAAAAAAUGAACGCGAGUUUAGCACGCGGAGUAUUUACGAAACCUUAGAAUAUUAUUUAUCUAAUAAAAUAAAUUAUUACAGAUUUUUUUUUUUGGGAAAUAUUUUAAUGUGUUAGUUUAUAUUUGAAGUACAUUCCGUUAACAACUUGUAAGUGAUUUAAUGUUUUUAAGUACUUUUUUUUGUAAUGCUUAGGUUGUCGUGUGAUGUGUGUGUGUGUGUGCGCGCGUGUGUGCGUGUGUGUGUGUGUGCGUAUGUGUGUAGUGUCGGUCAGGAUGUUAGCGGAAACAGUUUUUUUCAUAUUAUAAUCUUGAUAGUUCCGUACAAAUGAUUUGUAUUAAAUACAGUUUUAUUAUUGUUUGUGUCUUUAAUAUUUUAUUAUUCCUGUGAUCGGACUCCUCUAUACAAUAGUUGUCCGUUCGUCUCAAUAGUCGUUGUUUUGGUGAUAACUCUCUCCGGAGUCAACCCUAACUUUUCUGUUCCCGUUUAUUUGGUCUCAGUUGUAAAGUAAAGAGAAAUGAUUUCAUUAUAAUAUAUAUUCUGAUGGAA